AUGGGUUCCAACGUGGUCCAGCAACAAAUCCCUAGAUUAUCAAAAGAUAACUAUGGGUCGUGGUCUAUCCAAAUGAGAGCCUUGUUUGGGUUUCAAGAUUUGUGGGAAGUCAUAACUGACGGAUUUAUGGAACCCACCAAGGAGGAAGAAGCUGAAUACACAGCUGAUGAGAAGAAGGCUCUUAAGGAGCAGAGGAAGAAGGAUAAAAAGGCUUUGUUUCUACUCUAUCAAGGGUUGGACGAGCAUACCUUUGAGAAAGUUGCUGAAGCAACGACAAGUAAACAAGCAUGGGAGAUUCUAACUUCCAUCUUCAAAGGAGAUGAACGGGUGAGACGGGUCCGUCUCCAAACAUUACGAGGCGAGUUUGAGGCUCUUCACAUGAAGGAUGGAGAAUCGGUGUCCGAUUAUUUUUCACGAUUGUUGGUAAUCGUGAAUGGUUUGAAAAGAAACAAUGAGAAGGUUGAUGACAUCCGAGUCGUCGAAAAGGUACUUCGAUCCCUUUCCUCUAAAUUUGAGCAUGUAGUUGUAGCUAUCGAAGAGUCUAAGGACUUGGAGAAUCUUACAAUUGAGGAGUUGUUGGGUUCAUUACAAGUACAUGAGCAAAGGAUGCAGAAGAAUGUUACUUCUGGUGUAUUAGAACAAGCACUAGAGUAA